GAAUUUCAUACAUAGUAGGGCGAGAUAUAGCGGGUAGUAGGUGGUUUUAUAAAAUAGUGUUAAUUUAGGUACCUAUUGGUGUUGUGAAAUGGCGCUGAAAAGUUGUAUUUUGUUGUCUAUGCUUUUGGCCUGCGUGGUCGCGCAAAAUAGAUAUCAAGUGUGUGUGUCAUCAACAAGCCAGUGCCAAGCUUUGGAGCUGGGUGAUUCUCAAGCCAUCUGUACCCCCGUUGAAUCCCGAGUGGACUGCGCGUUACAACUAGCGCGCGGCACAGCUGACGUGGGCUUCUUCAGCGAUGAGGAGCUCCUGGUCCUCGCGCAGACGCAACCCAACGACCACCGCGUCAUUGCCACCGUCAGGGACAUCACUAAACCAGGUGCGGUGUCCUUCCAGGCAGUGGCGGUGGUCCGCAACACCCACACUAAUGGACUAGAGGGACUGCGUGGCAGCAAGUACUGCCACCCUGGCUUAGGCGAGGCUGCGCUGCGCUGGUCACCGCGCGUUGAGAAGCAACUUGAAACUCAGGCCGCCAACACCGACCGCUGCCCAGAGGCAGACUACAAGUUCAAGACAGCCGAGGAGAUGGAAGUGGCGGCUCUGAGCCAAUUCUUCGGAGAAUCCUGUCGCCCUGGAGCCUGGAGCGCCAAUGCUACCGUUGAUGCCGAACUUAAGCGUCAGUUCCCAAGCCUCUGCGCGCUGUGCGGCCCGAACUCCUCGUGCGACUACACCAUCGACAUGGGCAUUAAUGUUGCUGGAAUCAACAACAACAAUGCGCACGUCAAAGCCUUGGAGUGUCUCAGAACUAGUGGUGAUGUCGCUUAUGUGGCAUGGCAGCAUGUUCGCGAGUUCUUCACUGUUCGCAACAACGACGUCAUUGGCAAUUUCUCGCUUCUCUGCCCCGACGGCACACUGUUAGCCCUCAACGCCACAAACCUUGCAGACACCAACGCGCCCUGUGCUUUCGUCUCGCAACACUGGAGCGCCAUCGUCGCUACUACUGCCCGAGCCAACGAGAUUCAGACCAACCUCCGCACCUGGUGGCCUGCCGGCACCAACCCCUCGGACAACACUUGGCGCUCCACGCUAUACUCAGUUCUCGUGCCACAGUCUUCAACUGCGCAAGUCACCAUGGAGGACACGCUGCUCUCUCCUGCUAAUUUCACUCAGACUAGCCGCCCGCUAACAAGCAUUGACAGCGCAACUUCCUGCGUGCCUCCUCGCGUGUGGUGCACCGUGUCAACACAGGAACUAGCCAAGUGCAACUGGGUGCGAGCUGCCGCUUACAGCUUGGGAAUCAAGCCAACGAUCUCAUGCGUGCAGCGUUCCGACACCUUCCAAUGUCUGCGAGAUGUGCGAGACCGCAACGUAGACUUCCUAGCCACUGCCUCCAACUACGGAUACCUCGCUAGACAACACUUCAGCCUGACACCAGUGAAGCUAGUUCAGAACCUGCACUCCGACCCCAAUUCUUUCUCUCGAGUAGUAGCUUUAGUGAGAAACAACUCGGACAUUACUCGCUUCGAGAACCUUCGCGGCAGGAAGGCCUGCUUCCCUGAAUAUGGAGGCAUCUCCUACGUGUCGUUCGUGCGUACUGCACAAGUGCUCGGCGUGCUGGACGACAAAGAAUGCGACUACGCCAAAGCUGUAGGCGAAUUCUUCGAGGGCGCCUGCGCUCCCGGUGCCCAGGACGCCUCACACGCUCUUGGACAGUCUAACUACAACGUCACAAAUCUCUGCAGUCUUUGCAAGCCUCCUGCCGCUUCCGCUAGCAACUUUACCUGUGGUUGGGACCACUCUAACAACCUGUACUUCGGCAACAACGGUUCCUUGUCUUGCUUGGCCAACAACGACGCGGAUGUGAUCUUCGUAGAUACCACCAACAUCACCGAUUACCUGGCCGCCCUGAAUCUGCAAGGCUCCCAGUUCCGCGCAAUCUGCAGUAACAACACCUUGGCCCUUCAGAACGGAGUCAAUGUGGAUGACAACUGCUUGCUGGCUUAUGUGGUGGACUCCGAGGUGUUGACUAGAAGACAAGAUGAAGCCUACAACAGCAUCAGCACUCUCCUCGAUACCCUUGAAAGGUACUUCGGCUACGCCGCCUCUUCAGGCACCCAGCACGUCAACAUGGAAAUCUUCUCCAGCUUCGACGGAACCCGCGACUUGCUUUUCAAGAAUACCGCCGUUGGCUUCUCGGAACCUACCAGAGCUACAACCAACCAGCCAGCUAAGAACUAUAUUGAGCUGUUCAGCCAUUUGCAAGCAUGUACUGGUGCUGGCAGCAACAUUCCAGUGCCCGGAUUGGCUAAUAGGAGCUUCUAUUCCAUUCUUACUCUGGUUUUAUCUGCGCUGCUUACGCGUUUCAUUGUUUAUUAAGCUGUCAGGUCCGUUAGUCUACCAGGGGUUAUUGCAACUAUUUUCGUCGGACUUUCUAAUGAGACAGCGUUUAUGUUGUUUCCAGUGAAUGGAUUAUUUCCGUUCACUGGUUGUUUCCCUGUCCCUCUUAGCAGCCGGAUGGCAGAAAGUGUCCGGCGAAAGGAUAGAUGUAGUAACUCCUUUAGCCUAUUAGCUUUUUAUGCAGAUAGCGUCAAGUAGAAUACAGUAGUCUACAGACUAUCCAGGUUUUUGGUCAUAUCUCAAUUGCAAUAUUUACGCUUGCAGAAACCAAUUGCCAGAUCAUAUUUUCUAUACUAUGCCAGAAAUCGAAGAUUUCUUGUUUGUAUAAAACAUUUACUGGCAUGCGCUGGGAUAUUAUGGAUGUAACCAAACGUAAUCCACUUGACGUUACCGGGUCAAGGGAAGUGGUACUAAGAUACACCAAGCUACGUUUUAUGAGCUUUUUCUUGAGUAAGGAUCACCGAAUGAUCACAUUAGAUACAGGUGUGCGACUGAAUAUAUUUGAGUUUCGAUUCAAAGAAGUGUACUUUAGAUUCUUUUAGAGGUCUAUUUAUGUAGUCUGGUUUGUUUUGGUUAAAAAUUAGGUAGGUAUAACGAUUUAUUUUCAUUUUAGAGAGUUUUAAUGUAAUCAAGCAGCAGGUAGACUAUAGAAUGCGGCUAAUUUGUUUUUUUUUUACCUAUUUUUAUGUGCUUUUACAGAUAGAACAAAGUAUUUUGUUAUAUAGAGAAUUUUACACAUCUACAAGGAAGAUAUAUAUCAAACAUGUCUAAUGUUACUUUAAUAAGUUUUAAAAAAUGGGGUUAAAACUGUUACUGUCUCGAGACGUUUAUAUUUACAAAUUUAUAAAUGGCUUACAUAGCAUUUUAAUUUUUUUUUUAAUUCUGAAUUCACGAUUUUUAUCCAUACUGAGUUAGUUAUCACCUUGUAAUACUAUUUAUUUACUUGGUGUAAGUACCUAUUUAUUGUAGUAAUUUUGGUGGUAAAGUAUGAUCGUAGAACUUGUAAAAGGCAUUAUGUUCAUAUUAUAAGGUCUUGUUUAUACUUAUUUUACGAUCAAAACUGCCAUUCGCUAGUGAUUUAUUUAAAGUAACUGUUAAGUGUAAGUACACUUUUCAUAACCUCAAUAUCUAUGCAAAAAAGAAAAAUACCCAAUUAUUAUUACAUAUUCUGUCACAGUAAGUUGAUAAAUAAAACAAAUAAGGAUGGGUUCCCACGGGAAAUAAUAGGUAGGUACUUUAUUUUUUGUAGGUGCAAAUACUAGAUGGCGUUGACAUCAUGAUCAUGGUGUAAGAUUGUAAAAUCAAGAACAUUUUUACGUGAAUACCUAUGUACUUAAUUAGGAAAGUGUGAUUGAAUUUUUAUCUUUGUGAACAAAGUAUUUUUUGUAGAAA